AAGCGACACUCGCGUCUCGGGCCGCAGUCCCUCCCAUUCCACGUCCCCAGCGCGUGACUCUCAUGGCAGCUGCGGAGGCCCGUCCCGACAUGGCGCUGCGCGAGGCCGCCCGGAGCAAACUGCAGAAGUUCGAGCGCCUCAGAGGCCAGGUCGUGAAAGCCGGGGAAUUCUGGGACGUGGUGGUGAUAACCGCCGCCGAUGAGAAGCAAGAGCGGGCCUACAGGCAGCAGCUCUCCAGAAAGCUGCAGCACAAAGAGCUGCCCCUGGGCGUCCGCUACCACGUGUUUGCCGAUCCAGCGGGAGCCAAAAUCGGAAAUGGAGGAUCGACACUUUGUGCCCUUCAGUGUUUGGAAGAAAUAUAUGGUGAUAGAUGGAAUUGUUUUACCAUCCUAUUAAUUCACUCUGGUGGCUACAGUCAGCGCCUGCCCAACGCGAGUGCUCUGGGAAAGAUUUUCACAGCUCUCCCUCUCGGUUACCCAGUUUAUCAAAUGUUGGAGUUAAAACUGGCCAUGUACAUUGAUUUCCCCUCCCACAUGAGCCCUGGCAUUCUGGUCACCUGCGCGGAUGACAUAGAACUUUAUAGCAUUAAGGAAACGGAUAUCCUGAGGUUUGAUAAGCCCGGCUUUACUGCUUUGGCUCAUCCUUCUGACUUGACGAUUGGGACGACGCAUGGGGUGUUUGUGUUAGAACCUUCAGGUGACUCUGAAUGCGGAGACCUGGAGUACAGGACUUGCCACCGUUUCCUGCACAAGCCAAGCAUAGAAGAGAUGUAUCAGGCAGGUGCUGUUGGCAGAAAGGGCACUCCUUCCCCAAAGAACUUGGCAGCAGGGGACCUUAGCAUUCCUAACCUGGACUCAGGCUUUGUCUACACAGAUAGCCUAUUCUACAUGGACCAUAAUUCAGCCAAAAAGUUACUAGCCUUUUAUCAGCAACUCGGGACCCUGACCUGUGAAAUUGAUGCCUACGGAGACUUCCUGCAGGCCCUGGGCCCGGGAGCCACCGUGGAGUAUACAAAAAACACAGCCAACGUCACCAGAGAAGAGUCAGAGCUGGUGGAAAUGAGAGAGAAGAUCUUCCAUCUUCUCCAAGGGACGCCACUCAACGUUGUUGUUCUGAAUAACUCCAAAUUCUAUCACAUUGGCACAACACAAGAGUGUUUGUACCAUUUUGCCUCGGAUAGCACACUGAGAUCCGAGCUUGGCUUGCUGUCCAGAGCCGCAAGCAUCUGUCCUGGGGACUCCGGUGAACCCCCCUGUGUCAUUCAAAGCAUAAUAGCCUCAGGGGGUUCUGUGGGCCCUGGCUCAGUGGUGGAGUACUCCUGGUUAGGACCCAGUGUCACAGUUGGAGCCAGCAGCAUCGUUAGCAGCUGUCACAUUCCUGCUAAGGUUGCCCUUCCGCCCAGUUCUUUCCUGUGUGCUCUAAGCUUACAGGUGAAUGGACGCUUAAUGUAUGCCACAAUGGCAUAUGGCGUGGACGACAACUUGAAACAGAAUGUAAAGGCGCUAUCAGAUAUCCAUGCUCUUCAGUUUUCAGGACUGCCACUCCUGGAGUGCUUAGAUCUUUGGGGCUUGAAAGCUACCGAAGACCUGUUCUCUGGCAACAAAAACAGCCUGAGCUUGUGGACGGCUCGGAUCUUCCCCAUGUGCCCAACCUUGAGCGAUUCAGUGAUGGCCUCCCUGAGGCUGCUGGGUGCUGUAAGGAGUACGUCACCAUUCCCCCUGACCAGCUAUGAGCUUCUGUCCAUUGAAGAAAUGCUUCUCUACAAAGAUGUGGAGGACAUGAUGAAAUGGAGGGAGCACAUUGCUCAAGAAAUCCGUUCACAGGCAUGCCACCCUGGUGCAUCAGAGGAGGUUUGGGGGGGUCCUUCCUGCACGUCCACUUUAAGCAACCUUACCUUCGAGGCUGCAGAGCCCAAGAAUUAGGUCUGUUUUUUCUUUGUUUCACUGAAGUAGAAAUAAUGGAAUUGCAUUAGCAGUGUUAUUGUAGCAUAACAUUAAUAAUGCAAAAAUACAGAUAAACCAUUCCUUUGAUGAAGGAUUUAAUGAAAUAUUUCAGACCUCCAAGUACAGAAAGGGACAGAUUUUCUGAGAACAUUCAUUACUCUUUGGGGAGCCUUUUGAAUAAGAAUUAACGACCAUGGACAUAUUAACUAGUGCAUUCUGGAAACAUUGUUUUUAAAAAUACCCAAACCCAGUAGUCAUUUCAGCAGCGUGGCAUGGCACAUCAUAAAAGAGCAUUUUAUUUUGUAUUUUCCUUUUAAAAAGGAUUUAGGAUUUAUAUAUAUUUUUGACUAAAUAAUGUCAUAAAUAGUUUUUAAUAUAAUUUUCUUCAAGGCUUAAAUGAGAAAGAAAGAAGGCAACUUUAGUGUCUCUUCUACUGCUUACAAAGGAUGUUGUUCUUUUGGUUCCAAUAAAAGCUCAAACUGCUUCUUUUCAAACACUCCCAACCUGAAAUGUAAUUCCAUUGAGAUGAACUAGUCAAAAGAUCAUCUCCUUAGGCCUAAUAGAUGCCCAAGAACCCUCCUGAUAACCCUUUAUCCUCAGAAACAAAGCUGUAGCUAGCAAAUUCUAAUUAAAUUAAUGCUCAACAAUCUGAAAUUGUUUUCAAGUAAGAAUUAACUUAGAGUCUUAGUGGUUCAGCAGUGAAGAGUCUCUUUUACCCAAAUGAAAAGGGAUGGCAUUUACGUGCUCAUGUGUAUUUUGAACACAUGAUUUUGUUCAAUCUCAGGGAAUUCUCCUUUGUACGCACUCCAUGAAAGGUGCUGCUAAGGAACGAUGGGUCAUUGGAAGGCCCUGAUUGUCGGCUAACACCAAUCUAUCCAUCUGUUUCAUCUUUUGUUUUUAAACCAUUUAACACUAAUGUGAAGUUGAUUCGGCUGAUCCACACUGGUGAAGGUGCUAAUCGGUGAUAAAAUCAGAAGCAAGCAGCAGGAAAUUAAAAAAAAAAAAAAAUUACCUGGAUAAAUAAAUAAAUAAAAAUUUACCUGGAUAAUACACAGAAGAAAAUCAUUCAGGAAAAUAAAUUUGGGUUAUGAGACCAGGUUACUUAGGUGUUCCUAUUGAACUAUACAAAGCUGUCGUAUCAAACUGUAGGCAAACUUGUUGUGAUUUUUAAUUACC